AUGCCGAGCUCUAAAGAAUACAUGUCAUCGUACAUAUGGCAACGAGCUCUGCCCCAGAUAUCGACAUGGUCAUCGAGGAAACAAGAAGGACUCUAUUUACAAAAAAUUGCCAGCGUGAGGCUGCAUCAUGUUGGGAAAUUAAAAUUCCCUAAAUACGCAGGAAACACGGACCCAAAGGCGCACGUACGAGCCUUCUGUCUAGCAAUAUCAAGAGUACACCUCACCGACGACGAAAAGGAGGUCGGUUACUGUCGCUUCUUCGCCGAGAACCUCACGGGGGCCGCCCUCGAAUGGUUCGCCGGAAUAGAAGAAAACUCGAUUGACAAUUUCACCCAGUUGGUAUCUACGUUCCUCAAACAGUACUCAGUCUUCAUAGAAACAAGAGUUACCGAGGCAGAUCUUUGGAAUCUCAAGCAAGCGCCUUUUGAGCCGUUGAGAGCGUACAUAAAGAAGUUCCGAGAAAUCAAAGCCAAGAUUUCGCAUCCAAACGAAGUCGUCACCUUGGCAGCAUUGAAGAAUGGCGUUUGGUUCUCAUCCAAAUUCAGGGAAGAACUCGCAGUAGAAUCAUCUAUGUCGUUGGAUGACGCCUUACACCGAGCUUCUUACUUUGCCACCCACGAGGAGGCGGUCACAGCCUUAAAGGAGCAGUAUAGCACGAACAAGAAAAAUGCAGCCAAAAAGCCAACCAAAGGGCAACAUUCCUACGCAAUAAAAAACUCACAGCAAAAAUCUUCAACAUACGACCUCAGCAAAUAUUGUUCUUUUCAUGACCACAAAGGCCACUCGACUGAAGAAUGUCGAGCAGCGCUUCCCAGUCAGAACGAAAAUAAAAAAAACCAGCGAAGAAACCAGAGAGGAAGAGGAAGAGCCAGUGACUCCAAAACCUAA